CGCAGCUCAGAGUCCCUGGUGGACACUUUGCAACGUCUUCUCUUUUCUCCGCAGUUCCGCACGUUGCACACUGACCACUGACCACUGACCACUGACCACCGAUUUGGGCCCUUUGUGUGCAAGCAUGGAGCUCAGCACCUACAAGCCGGAUGCUGACCUCGAUGUCGCAGAGCGAGGAUCCGGCCAGAGUGAAAAACUUGGAGUAACUCCCCCAAAUGCGCCUGUAGGAGGACGGACGUCAAACCAGCUCGAAAGGUACAUAAACCUUUCUGCUGUGAUUAAUUUCGCUGUUAUUAUUCUCGCUUCAUGGGAAUCAUUUGCAGUGACCUUUCAGUUCGCCUUGACCAACGGUGGCCCGGCCUCUAUCUUCUACGGUAGUAUCUUGGCGGGUAUUGGUGCUUGUGCUGUCGGUUUCUCGCUGGCAGAGCUGGCUUCGAUCGAUCCAACCGUCGGUGCUCAGUACCGCUGGUCAGCCAAUCUCGCUCCUGCUGCCCCUCGCUUUUGGGGAUUAUUACAAGGAUGGAUCACUGUUGGUGCCUGGUGUUUCGCUUGUGCCGGACCGCCUUCCAUUCUUGCAAAUAUGAUCACAUCGUUGGCAAUCUUUAACAACGAGAAUUAUAUCCCUGAGAGAUGGCAUACCAGUCUUAUCAUGAUUGCGAUCAUGAUUAUCCCCUUCACAUUCAAUCUUUGGUUCCGAAAGCUUCUUGACGCAUUUGAAAUCACAGGUGGCAUACUCCACAUAUGCCUCUUCGUUGUGGUAAUUGUCGUCUUUGUUGUAUUUGGACCGCGCAGCGACCCUGAAUUUGUCUUCAAGACACUGACAUGGCAAGAGUCUGGUUGGAACAAUAAGGGUGUGUCUUGGGGUCUCGGCCUUCUGAGUAUGACAUUUUCCGUCACUGGAGCCGACAGUGUUCUGCACAUGUGCGAUGAAGUCAAGAAAGUGCGCACGCGUGUGCCGCGCAGUAUCAUCAUCACAUGUGUCGCGAACUCAGUCAUGCUGGUCAUCUUUGCUACCAUCCUCUUGUUCUACAUGGGCCCACUCGAUGAUGUCGUCGCUACGCCACUUCCACUGCUAUGGGUCAUCUACAACAUCACUGGCUCAUCAGUGGCAGCCAAUGUUCUCACUGCGCUCAUAGCGGUGAUUUUCUUCUUCGCGCUCUUCAACAUCUUUGCUUCAGUCUCGAGACUAGUGUGGGUGUUUGCUCGCGAUAACGGCCUGCCUUUUUCCAACUUCUUCUCAUACGUCCAUCCUACGCUCAAACUUCCAGUCAAUGCUCUUCUCCUCGUCGGGACUAUCGUAACCUGUCUGUCCCUGAUCUAUAUCGCCAGCGCAACCGCCUUUAACGCGCUCAUCUCCCUCCAAGCAUUCGCCCUCCAUAUAUCUUACUUCUUUCCGAUUCUGUUCAUGCUGCUGCGCAAGAUUCGAGGGCCAUCUCCGCCAUACGGACCAUUUAGAAUGGGUGUUAUCGGUCUACCCGUCAAUAUGUUUGCGCUAUGUUACCUAGUUUUCGUCGUCCUUUGGAUGCCGUUUCCACAGGUUUUGCCGGUCACAGGAGAUAACAUGAACUAUGCAGGGCCCAUAUUCGGUGCUGUAGUGCUCGGGGCCCUCGCGCAUUGGUUCAUUAGUGGGCAUAAGACGUUUAAGAUGCCCGUCAUCCGGUAUGAGUAGGAAUAGAGUUUUAACAAGUCUGAUUGUACUGGAUUCGUUGUUCGGUAUGAUGCAGAUUUGGGAGUAAGAUCAAUCGGCAACUAAGUGUCGUGUAAAUAGAAGAAAUGAGAAGCAAGGGUUGUCUCUUAUACGGCAUUAGCUUUUCUCCUAUUGGUUGGGGUGCCACACGGGUAGCCAUCCGGCGCAGGGCGGGAUCCCCAGCUCCAUACACCCUUCGUC